CUUUUCAAACUCAGAGGAAGAAAAUGCCUGCAGCAGCUUCAUGCUUUCCUCUGAUCACGCCCACAACGUCUCUAGUAAUCCCCAAAGCCUCCCCUUUCCCUAGAAAGUUCCAGAAUGUUUCUUUCACAUGCAAAGCUUCUUCUUCUUCUUCAUCCUCCUCUUCCCUAUUGGAUUUCGAUCUCUACGAUCUUCUGGGCAUCGAUAGCUCCUCCAAUCAAACUCAGAUCAAGACUGCCUAUCGCUCCCUGCAGAAGCGCUGCCACCCCGACAUCGCCGGACCUGCGGGCCACGACAUGGCCAUCAUUCUCAAUGAAGCUUACUCUGUUUUAUCCAAUCCCACCGCUCGUUCAGCUUAUGACAAGGAGCAAGCAAAGAUUGAAGAGCUGAGGGGAUAUACGGGAAAACCCUUGUACUCUGUUUGGCUGGGUUCUGAAAAUGAGCGAAGAGCAGUGUUUGUUGAUGAAGUGAAGUGUGUUGGUUGCUUGAAAUGUGCCUUGUUUGCGGAGAAGACGUUUGCCAUUGAAUCAACAUAUGGAAGAGCAAGGGUUGUGGCUCAGUGGGCUGACCCCGAACACAAAAUCCAAGAGGCUAUUGGAUCAUGUCCUGUUGAUUGCAUUUCGAUUGUAGAGAGAUCAGAGCUUGCAGCCCUUGAGUUCCUAAUGUCCAAGCAGCCACGUGGCAACGUAAGAGUGGGUGCCGGCAACACUGUGGGGGCACGUGUCUCGAAUAUAUUUGAUGAUGUCAAGAAGUUUCAACAGAGAUUUGUUGAUGCCAUGGACAAAGCUGCUAUGAAAAAUUUCAAGGUAUGAGAAUGAUACUGUUGUAUAGGGAGAUUUCUAUGACCAUUACUAUGGACAAUUGAGGUUUCCUUCUGGGAUUUGCAAUUCUAAUUGAUUUUGUUAGUUAGAAAAUGAAAACAAGAAUGGCAA